CGAUCGAUUUGUUUUCGCAUCGCGCACAACCACUGACAGUUUGACGAUUUUUCUGCACAGUACAGAAGUGGAGUGUCUAGUAGGAAAUUUUUUUCGGAUCCCCAAAUUCUUCAACCUGCGAAUGGCCGCAAUUCUGACUGAAACCGGCCCAGAAUGACCUAGUCCCAGGUUCCGUAGUGUCCUUUGGUAAGUGCGCACGCUUUGAACAACAGCACCAUGAACAGCAGCCACAUGGACGGUGAAUUCCCAGCCUUGGGGGCGGGUUCUGGUUCUUCCGCCCAUUUGCCAUUGUCCGACAUGGAAAGAUCAUCGGCCCGGAAGGCCCGCAAGGAGGCGGAAAAGCAAAAGAAACAAGCCAAGCGGUACGAAGAGCAGCUCAAAAAGAUCCGCGGACCCAAAAGUCAGAAGAUCCAGAUGAUCGACGAGAGCUUCCUGGAGAAGUACCACACGGCUCAGGCACUUCCCCCGGGACCGACCCUCAAAACGAAGAAACGUUCCAAGAAAACCCCGAGCGAUGUCGUUCAGAUUAAUCUGUCCGAUUGCAUUCGGGAUCGGUUGUCGCUGGUGGAUAAGGGUGAAAUCGGAAGCGGAGGGGAACUGAAGGCGCUGGUUAAACCGGUCGUUCCACCGAUUGCCAUCAUCCAGCCUGCAAUCGUCCUGCACAAAGGCAAACAGCGAGAAACCCCCAAGGAGAAGAAGCUCUCCAAGUUGAAGAAGGAGAUUAUCAAUAAUCGGAAAUCAAAGCAGGAUGGUCAGCAGCAGCCAGUGGAUGGGGAAACGGAAGAUAUUACCCCUGGAUCGGGUAGUCAAGUGACCGAAGGGGGAGUAAUCCUUAACGGGAAUCACGCCGAAGGAAUGCCGCCUGCUGUGGGUGGCGUUUCGCCCUUUUUGAAGGCCAUCGAACGGUGCUGUUCGACUGAAGAAAUGGUUGUGCCCCCUGCAAUUGGAUCAGAGGAGUACCAGAACGGAUUUCCGGCUCUAAACGAUACUACCGUGAAAGUCAGCGAGGAGAAGAGCCUCCACUGUCGAGCCUUCAGAACGUACUGUGAUCAUCUUAUCACGGAUGAGUUGCGCGACCUGGCGGAGAAUGUCGUGACGAAACUGUUCCAGUUCCAGUCGAACGCGUACGGCAAGAACCCGAUCAAAGCCGUUAGCAACAAGCGCUACUGCGUGGGUUUCAACGAGGUGCUCAAACAUUUGGAGACGCGCAAGAUCAAGCUGGUUCUGAUUGCACCGGACUUGGAGCCGAACGACAGCAUCGACCAGUUGGUGGAACGUGUCAAGACCAUCUGUCGUCAGGCACGGGUACCCUAUGUGUUCGCCAUCAAACGUCGCAAGAUGGGUUUCCAUCUGAUGAAGAAAGUUCCGGUAAGUUGUUUGGGCAUCAUCAGUUACGACGGCGUUGAUAAUCCGGUCAAACGGAUGCUGGAAAUUGCCGACCAUGAACGGGUCAGCUAUCGCAAUGUCUCUGCGGGAAAGUAGUCUUCGUCAGUGGGGGGGCGCGAUGUUCUCAAAUGCCAAAAAUUGAAUCUCAUUAAUCAAACUUCCACUCCACAUUCCACUUAGAAGCUGUCUACCAUACGUUAGUAAGUCCCUCUAGUCAUAGUUAUUAAAGUGUGUGUGCAAUAAAGUGUGACAUUCCCCGGCAACCUCAAUUGCGGUAAUAUCGACGACACAUGGAUUAGGCACUAAGUCUGGCAAAUGUUGUGUAAUGUCCUUUUUGAAUUCCAUCGGUGUUUUCCCGAAGCUGGCAUCGAAGAUGUGAAGGGUAUCGCUAGUGACGAAAUCUGUGUUUUAGAUGUUGUAUCCGUUUGGUACAAAAUAGCAAGACGGUUGAAGAAAUCAUAAAAGGAAAGAGGCAUACUUAAAUAAAUAAUAUCAAAUAGUAUCAAUAA